AUGGACUUGUUGACCAUCUAUAGCUAUGUCCUGGGGGGCCUUCUGCUAGCACUAUGGGCCCUUGGUCUCAUAAGAAAACUCCCUCUUCGGAAAUUCUACGCAAAGCAUUUUCUCUUACCAUUCCUUUUCCGUCGCCGGAGGUGGUGGCUACAGCCCAUAACCCGCGCCGAAGCACUUCUGCUGGUGCUUCACUGGGGUUGCACGCUAACCUGCAACGUGGUCGCUGUGGAUGACCUCCGUCACGCAGGCUCUCGGGCAGGGUCUUUGGCGAUAGCGCAUUUCAUCCCUCUCUACCUUGGAAACCGACCGAGCCUCGCUGCCGAUACGCUCGGUAUCUCCCUGCUAGGCUAUCAGCGUCUACAUCGAGCAGUGGGCUGGAUGGCCUUUGUGCAAGGAACCGUUCACGCAAUCAUUGCCACAAAGACGACGGGCUUGAAUCUGAAAGAUGUGGCCCAGAGAUACGGCCUCGCGGCUACUCUAGUUUUUUCUACACUCGUCCUUCUCUCUCACAGCUUCUUUAGGCGAACCUCAUACGAUCAAUUCCUCAUAUAUCAUUCCGCUCUAGCGGUUGCUGGGAUGGUGCUUGUCUGGCUGCACCUGAAAAAGAAAAUCCGGCUGCCCUUGGAUAAUGAUAUCGUGGUCCUUAUUACGGCAGCCUUCCUUAUGGUGGCCUUCCUGAUAUAUCGGGCCCGGAUCAUUCUCUACCGAAACCGCCUCGGGCAGCUGCCCAAGGCAACCGUUGUUCAAUACAAAGGAUCUACUAGUUUUCUAAAGAUCUCUAUUAAAGGUACUCGAGGCUGGGAAUUGGCCCCGGGGCAGUACGUCUAUGUCUCGUUCCCAGCCGCAAGCUCCCUAAGAAUUUUAGCGGAUAAACCAUUUUGCGUGCUGCAGUCCCCUAAUCCUAUGGGAGACCGUAAUACGCCUUGUGAGACGGCCGCUCGACAGCGCUACCCGGAGGCUGGGGAUUUAGAGCAAAUAAGUACGUGGGUAGAUGAAGAGACGGAAGAAAGUGGUGACGAGCAAGAGGGUAUAGAGAAUGAGAAUGCGUUUCGUUUCUGGCUUCUAAUAUCACAGCGAAGGGGGUUAACGCGAAAUCUUGCCGAUUUCAAAAAGUCCCAGGAGCUUCUUGCUAUUGUUGAAGGUCCAUAUGGCAGAACUCCAGACCUAAAACGGUAUAGUCACAUCUUGAUGAUCGGGAGUGGUGUAGGAAUUGCUGCAUUGAUCCCCUACCUGAGAGCCUUCUUACACGGGGCGAUAUCAGGGGAGCUACCAGUCAAGGAGGUGCACGCAAUCUGUGAUGUUGACGACAAAAGUAAGCGUCUCCAAUACGAGAGAAAGAAACUGGCUAACGGCUGCAAGAUGACACCAUACCCUUGA